AGCAACGCGAUGCGCCAGGCCAAACGGGCGUGUUAUUUGUGAAUAUUACAGCUUUUAUCCAACGGAUAAGGUUAGUUUAAAGUUAUUGGAAUGCUUAGCGGUCUAUGCAAUAUUGGCAGUUGGCGGGCAACACGGGUCACUAUUUAAAAAGCCAUUUCUUCAUCAUCCACGCGGCAACCUCACUAGUCACCUUUGUACCACGAAGGUGUCUGACCUUUGAGACAAAGCAAUUAGCACUUUGCUCCGGUAUUACCUGUGUGUGCACACAUCGCUGAUGAUUAAUUAGUGUUUUGAUUCUGACACUUACGUUGAUAAGUGUUUCUCUGCGUGGGUACGGGUAAUUUAUUAAUUAUUGUGUAUGGCAUCCAUUAUGUCGGCGUGGCGGGAUCCUUCCUCAUUGCAUCUAGCCAGUAAAUUGGCCGCCCCGACCAAUGGGAACACGGAGAACGGCCACGAUAAUCACGGCGUCACACCGGCUCCCACUACAUCCAGUACGCCGUCGGAGUCGGAUGGCGAUAAGAGCAAUGCACAGAAUGUAGAGUGUGUGGUGUGCGGUGAUAAGAGCAGCGGCAAGCACUACGGGCAGUACACGUGCGAAGGAUGCAAGUCGUUUUUUAAGCGCAGUGUCAGGCGGAAUUUGAACUACACGUGCCGCGGUACGCGCAAUUGUCCCAUUGAUCAGCAUCAUCGCAAUCAGUGCCAGUACUGCCGGUUGAAGAAAUGCUUGAAAAUGGGCAUGCGCAAAGAAGCAGUCCAACGCGGCCGCGUCCCCACCCAGCCCCUUCUGCCGGGCCAGUUCCCCUUCGGCGCCAUGGACUUCCUCAACGGGCACACAUUCUCCCAUUCGUACAUUUCCGAUCUGGUGCGUGCCGAGCCCUACUCGCAGCGGGCCUACACCCACUGCCUGACGUACGGGGCGGCCGCCGGGUUCUCCACCCUGGAGAAUGUCUGUGAGACGGCCAUCAGUAUCCUGUACAACACCGGGAAAUGGUGCCACAGUAUACCGUACUUCAGUCAGCUGCAGAUGCCCGACCAGGUGGUCCUGUUGCGGAAUUGCUGGAGUGAACUGUUUAUCCUGACGGCGGCCCAACUGCAGUUGCCCUUUACCAAUCAUCUCAUGCAGAUCCUCAACCUGCACGCCCACCCCACCACCACCCCGCAUCUGGGGGAUCGGGCCAAUGUCCAUCUGAUGAUUGAGUAUUGUCGGACGUUUCAGGAUCGGGUGGAUAAACUGACGGCACUCCGCAUGGAUGCGGCCGAGUAUGGAUGUCUCAAAGCGAUUGUCCUGUACUCGCCAGAUGCUGCACAGUUGAGCGACGCUCUCUCGGUCGAACAGCUACAGGAAAGGUCACAGUGCGCCCUGGCCGAGUAUACCGCCACGACGCCGAUGCGCUUCGGUAAACUGCUACUGCGGCUGCCCGGCCUGCGUAUGGGCAGCAGUCACAUGAUUGAAUCGCUGUUUUUUUCCCGUCUAACCGGCGGAAAAAGCGUAUCCAUCGACAACAUCCUCCGCGACCUACUCAUCAGCGGCAUCAGCGGAAGCGGCUAUAACAGCGCAUGGCCAUAUCCGGUCGCUCCGGCACUUCCGCCUUGUCAAUAGGGCCAAUGAGCGAAAUCACGGGAUAAUGAUCCGGGGCAGAAAUAUAUAUACCGGCAAACCGAUGGAUGGGUUCUCUCCAUUUCCACUGCCGAUAUGCGUGUAUGGAAAAAGUACAACGAUGCGUGCACACGCGCGCGUGUACGCUUCGCAGUCUCUGUUGCGCCAAUCAAACUAUCUGCUAUGCACUCACUGUUCCAUACCAAAUAAUGAAACAAGUUCCUAAUUAUUAAGUUCUUUUAAGUGACGUUGUGAAUUUCUUUUAGCAAAGUGCAAGUUUGUAAAGUGAAUUAUUUCGAAGGAAUUAUCCGCAUUAAUACUGGCCCGAUCCCGAGUGAAAGUUCUCCUAAUUCAUGCUGGUUUUUGGUUUUUCUUAAUUGUUUUAUUAUUGUUAGAGCGACGGACGAAUGGACGGAAU